UAUAAGAUCCGUUUGAAAGGAUCAUUAAGGAGUGGAAAGAAAAGAAACCCAUUUGCCCCUCCACCACAGUGGUUUACAGAAGUGUCAUAUCCCUUGUUCCAAGUGCCUGGACCACGUGAAAGGGAGAAGAACGAAGGUGGAAGGCCAGGUUAUUAUGAUGAAGGAUUUUUAACCAUUCAGCAUGCUGUAGACAUGGCUAUUACUGAGUACAUCAGUGGAAAAGAUCCUAGUGCAUCAAUAUCUGUUGAAAUGCAGAGGAUGCCUUAUCCAAAAUAUAUAGAUGACAAGUAUCUCGUGGCUCUGCAGUCAUGGCUACCUUUUGUUCUCCUCAUUUCGUACAUAUAUCCUGCAAUCAACAUUGCUAAGAGUGUUGUUUAUGAAAAAGAGAAGAAGUUAAAGGAAUCAAUGAAGAUGAUGGGGCUACAGAACUGGAUGCAUUGGAUGGCAUGGUUUAUCAAAUCAUUCCUUUUCCUAAGCACAACAACGCUUUUAAUAACAAUUUUACUUUGCACAAGAUGCAAAAGAAACAACAACUAUUAACAUCCAGCCAUCCAAGGAUAAGCAAGUACCCAUGCAAAGAAAUACAGGAGUUGUCCUUAUUAUGCAGCAGUUCUGGGCUAUGCUGGUCAAGAAAGCACUUUAUACCUUCAGAAAUAUUAUCCUUACUGUUACACAGAAUGUGAUACCUGUGGCUUUUCUGAUCUUGGCUUUGAUUGUGGUUCAGACACUCCCAGGCGUGAAUGAUGCACCUCCUCCAUUUAUUUUUGGACUUGAGAAUUUUGAAGGAACGGAAACACUGGUCCAGGUUCAGAACCCUAAUAAUGAAACAAAAAAUCUAGAGGACUCACUCAAGGAGCAUUUUGAAAGUCCCAAUUUUAUAGAAAUGGUAGAUGUGGGACAAAACUUUACCACAGUCAUAUUGCAAAAGGAAUGGCAACCCUCAUCACAGUGACCAUCUUGCGCAUUCCUGACCUUGACCUUGGGCAUGUGGCUGAUCUGUUGGACUGGAUAUUCCUUCUCUUCCCAUCCUAUGCAAUGGCAUCAGGGAUUACAGAUCUUUACAAUAACUGGAGGAUUAUUGGAAUCUGUAAAAAAGAAAUAUUUGACUUCCUGUGUGAAGUGAAGUCAUUUGCUAAUCCUUGUUGUAAAAAGACAAACAAUUGUGGUUCCUUUGGUUGUGUUGACUGGAAUGAUGAUCCUCUAGGAUGGGAGAAACUUGGCAUUGGACGCAUGCUUGUUUUCAUGGGCUUGGAGGGCCUAGUCUUCUAUUUUAUCAUUGCUCUGAUUGAACUCAAAGUUUUCCAGAAGGUUAGGUACUCAGCCAGUCGUUUGUGGGGCAAAGUAUCAGUCAGACCCACAGAGGAUGUUGAAAAAGAGUCUGAUCCACUAAUGCAAGAAGAUAAAGAUGUGGUGAAUGAACGAUUGCGCAUCAGGAACACACCUCUUUCUCAGUUACAUGAUACUGAUAAACUUAUUUUUAGUGACCUUAGCAAGACUUACUCAGGGGAUUUUAUGGCUGUGGAUCAUCUUAAUUUAGGAGUACCUUUAGGGGAAUGCUUUGGCCUCCUUGGAAUCAAUGGAGCAGGCAAAACCACAACUUUCAAAAUGUUGACUGGUGAUUUACAAGUAUCCUCUGGUAAUGCAUUUGUCAAUGGAUACAGCAUCAAGUCAGACUUGAAGAAGGUACAGCAGCAAGUAGGAUACUGCCCUCAGUUUGAUGCCAUUCUGGAUCAGAUGACAGGAAGAGAAGCUCUCCGCAUGUUUGCACGUCUCAGGGGAGUGCCAGAGAGGCAGAUUGACAGAAUUAUAGUUACCUUAGCAGAACAAUUGCUUGUAUCUCCUCAUUUGGAUAAUUUGGUUGGAAACUAUAGUGGAGGGAACAAGAGGAAGUUAAGCACUGGUGUAGCACUGGUAGGUGACCCUCCCUUGGUACUGCUUGAUGAGCCAACUUCAGGGAUGGACCCUGUAGCAAGACGUGUUCUCUGGGAUGUGCUGACUUCUGUUCGAGAUGCUGGUAGGAGCAUAAUUCUAACAUCACACAGUAUGGAAGAGUGUGAAGCAUUGUGUACAAGGUUAGCUAUUAUGGUAAAUGGCAAGUUUUGCUGUUUAGGUUCUCCACAACACCUCAAGAGCAAGUUUAGUGAAGGAUACUCAAUAAUCAUCAGAGUACACAUAUCACAAUCUCCAGAUGAAAAUGAGACCACCUUUGCAGAGAUGCCACCAGAAAUGGUUACUGUAAAGCAAUUUAUAGAAACUACAUUCCCAGCUAAUCAGCUUCGGGAAAUGCAGUGGGGACGACUUGAGUACUUUGUUCCUGCUGCAGGUCUUACAUGGGCUUCCGUGUUUGGGAUACUAGAGAAAAACAGAAAAGAAUUAUCUAUAGAAGAUUAUUCUGUAACGCAAACAACACUCGAACGGGUAUUUUUAACAUUUUCAAGAGGACAGAGACCAGAUUCUGACAGUCAAGCUGCCUGAUCCAGGAGGAUUUGGAAAUUAUUGGUCCAUAAUUUUGUAAAGUAGAUAUGUGUGUAGUAAUUUUUUCAGCAUUUUGUCAGUAUGAUUGAGUGUUUUUUCAUUCAUUACACAGUUUGUAUACUCCAACUUUGUAGGAUUAUGCUAAAAUAUGUAAUCAAACACAUUAUUAUGUAAUUAAUUUGAAGAUUCAUGUUUAUUAUUACUUAAGUAGAGAUUUAUGAAUAAAAUUCUGUCAUUAA